UUUCUGACUUCCUUAGAAGAGCAGUUUUACAUAAGCAGGAGGCGAGUGCAUGCAAUCACUGUACAUAUUCACUGUAGACAGUUUGGGUACAGAGACACAUCAGACAUCUGUGCAGGGACUUCAUUCAGGUUACACUCUGAAGGAUGGAAUAUAUUCUCGUUAACAACACCGCUGUGGAAGAAAACUUAGCGAUAACCGACUAUUGGUUCAAAAGAAAAGACUAUUUUUCAAUACAUGUGGUCACAUGCAUUAUCAUCAGUAUCAGCCUUCCUUUGAUCCUCAUGACCAUCUGCGCUCUGUACUCUCUGGUACGAAAGGAUCAUGUGGCUCCAAUCUACGUCAUCAACCUUCUUAUUUCCGACCUCAUUCAGCUCUGCUGCAUGAUCAUUCUGGAGACAAAACAGGAUGUGAAUGUUUAUAAAACUGCAUUUUAUAUUUACUAUUGUGGUCUAGUGAUCAGUGUUUGCUUCAUGGUGUGUGUCUCACUGGAAAGGUAUUUGGUCAUCGCCCACCCACUGUGGUACCACUUUAAACGCACCAUCAAGAACUCUGUGGUGGUCAGUGUUGUGGUCUGGCUCAUACCUCCUGUCUAUAUCCUCACUGUGUUUCCCUGGGUUACUUUUGAUGUGACAGAAAUUAUCUUUGCUGCUUCGCUCGUCAUUCCCUUUCCAUUCUUCAUAUUCUUCCUGGUUGGGACCCUCAGAGCCCUGUCUGCUUGUGUCGCUGUCCCCUCUGAAGAAAAACGUCGUAUUGUUGUUAUUUUGGUCCUGGUGCUGCUCAUUUACACUCUGCUGUUCCUGCCCUACAUUAUUUGGAUCCUGGUAAGGGACAGAAAAUCGGAUAAGCCUCUAAAUUACAUGUGUGAUAUGUUUCCGAAGCUGAGUCUGCUUGCAGACUUAAUUCUGUAUAUUUACAUUAGAAAAGAGGCUGUUGGAAUACUUGUUACCACUGUGUGCUGUUGCAAAAUGCAGAGCAGUGAUGCCAACAUCAACACCAUAGAUGUUGACAACAUUUAGACAAUAAGCUCCAUAGAGGACCAUAGAGGACCAAAGAGGAGAAAACAGACCAAAAUGUAUUUUUCUUCAGUAAGAGCUAACCUAAAACAUGCAACACACACCAGAGAUAUAAGCUCUUUAAAGGUCACAUAUUAUUCUCCUAUUCAACAAGUUCAAAUAAGUCUGGGAGCUCCCCAAAACAUGCCAGGGAAGUGUCCCUCUAUUCCAGCCCUGCUCUGAACAGGCUGUUUCUGUAUCUGUAGCUUUAAAUAAAAAUGUUGUAUAGGUUUUAUUUUUGGGCUUUUAUCUUAGAGGUAGGACAGAGGUAGGACGGUGAAUAGAGUCAGAAAUUAGGGCGAGAGAGAGAGAAAGUGAGUGAGUAGAGUGUAGCCGUUAUCAGCAGUCACGUUUACAACCUCUCUUCCUGCAGGACUCAGGACUGUGGAUUAACAUUACUUUUACCAAGGAACAAAGGAACUGAUCAAUGACUUAAGUCUCCCUCUCAGACAGGAUGUUAUGAACUUUUACAACACCUUGAAUAAACAACCGAGCGGAGACAGAACACUCUGCUAUCUACGAAUUGACCCCAAAGACAUGAACUGUGACCGAAACCAGUCUCUGCAAAGUCGUAAAAUUGACCAUCUGUUGAAGGACUGCUGAAGAGCUGAAUUAAACCACAGCGUUCAAUUCUGCACCAAAUGAACAUUUAUGUCUUUCUUCAUCUAGAUAUUUGUAAUUGUCACAUUGAAUGUAUUAUAAUCAUCUUUUUAAACUCAAAAUCUGAUCUUCAGAAUAGCAAUAAGAGUUAUAUUAUGUUUAAUAGGAAUUUGACGUGGAGCGCUAUUGCCACUAUUGUUAGAAUAUCCAUGAAUACGUAACCUUCAUAAUUAUACAUUUAGACGUGUUAUAAAGCAUACUCUUUGAUAUUAGCUAUAGAAGGUGUUAUUUAAAGACACCAACUUAUUUUCCUACUUUAUUAAUAUGUCUUAUUAAGAAUGUUGACUGUAUAACAUGUUUUUGUUCACCUACAGGCUGGGAUUAACUGAGGAUGUUCCCAGAUGGUGUGAUUUUCAUCUCAACAUGAAUCUGAUAGAAAUGUUUGUCUAAAUAUAUGACGUGAACCUACAUCAACAUGGAUCUGAUGGAAAUAAUAUCAAAAUGAAUGUAUGGUGACGUAUAUAUGUUUAGAUUCUUAUUCUUAAUCUUAUUGAGUAAACUCGGUUUAGUUUAAACAAUUGUCCUCCAGUCAGAAUGGGAGUCACCCGUGGGCGGCACCCCUCUUUGCCUGCAGACCUCCCUCUUCUCAUCCAGCUGAUAAGAGUUCACACUGAGCUCAGAUCUUGGGUUCUUUUUAGUUUUGGUUUCUUGAAGUUUAGAGCUUCAGCUCUUGCUCUCUUCUCUUCGGACUUCGGUCCGAAUCACUUCCUUUAAGUUCGUGCCGUAGAGACGAGUCUCUGCCGAACUUUCUUUUUCACUCACAAUUUUUGGAUACAUCAAUUCUUUCUGGCUCAAGCAAGGUUUUUGAACUUUCUUCUCCAAAGUCUUUGCUCUUCAAUUUUGAACGCCAAUUACUUAGUUUGGAUUCAUCAAGAUGGCCAUCCGGUUAAUCUGAAUUGGAAAUCGACUUAUCAAAAGACUCUUUAAUAUUUUUUUCUGUUGGAUCCUCUUGGAGCUUCUGAGACAACGGCUGAACCAACGUACAAUCUCCAUCCCAGCUGCAUACUCCGACCAAGUUGUUAAGGCAUCUAAUCUGGCCCGUGGACCUCUCUGGGCCUGAAAAGAACCGCUUGCCAGAGACUGAAACGCGGGACCAGCCGGCGGAGUUCAAUUGAACACAUCUCACAGUAAGACUGCUGGUGGCAAGGGGUGUUGGAAGAUUGAGUCUUGAGUCGUGUCUAUUCAGAGCCCUCCUUUAAAUCCAAAUAGAAUCCCAAAAUUCCUUUAUCAACUUUUUCUUUUUGACCAUUUUCUGAUUAAGUCAUUCAAACAAUACCGCAUCUUAUCUCAUUACUAAAUAUAUAAUGUCACCAUACAUUAUAAUUGCAUUAUCCUAAUCAUAUUCUUUAUCUGUUUCAUCUAUACAUUAUUGUUUACCCCUUUUUUAUAUUAAAUUUUACACAUAAAAUUCAGGACUUUGUCUGUGUUUUCUUGUUUAACAUUUCCAGAACUUACUUCUUUCAAGAUAUGAAACUGACUGAUUAAUUAAUUAACUUAUACCAUUAAAGU